CAGGCAUGCAGUUGCAUGAGAGUUAUAGGACUGCACUUUUAAGGGGAAUGAAACAAGCAGUCCCCAAGCAAACAAAUCUGAACACAUUGUAUGAGGUUUGUCAAGAAAAAGACGAGGACCCUGAGUUGGUGGAAAUUGCGUCUAAAGUGUAUGUGGAUAGAAAUAGAGAAAAAGAAGAGGAAAAGCAAAUGAAGCAACAAGCAGCCCGAAUUGCAUCAAUUAUGAGCCAGCAAGGUCAGGAAGAGAAGCGAAGGGAAUUUCCCUCAAUUAGAGCCCAGGCUAUUGCAAAACGGCGACCCUUGCCCAAGAAUAUGUGUGCCUAUUGUCGUGAGCUGGGCCAUUGGAAAAGAGAGUGCCCCAAAUUGGAAAGAAAGAGGGCUGUAGGAAGGUCUGGAAAUGAUGGAAAGUCUGUGUCAGAGGUGCUGCCAGCCCCAAAGAGACUCUCUCAAGAAGGUUUAGGUUGGUGCCUUACAAGUAACAAUGAAGAGGGUGAUUGCAAAGGCGAGGUGAAGAGAAGAGAUGCAGCAGCCCCCGGGGUCAGACAGGAAGAGGGUGAUGAACUUUCACUGAACCAUAAAUCUGCAGAGCCACCAGGCAAAGUGCAGGACACUUGGGAUCUGUUGGAUGAAGGGAAUCCUUUCAGAUUUUUCCUCACCAAAGUAGAAGGAAUUGAGUACAAAUAUAACUCUGAAGCCCUUCACAUAACAGAUAUUUUGUCUCCCCCUUUGGGGACUCUUGUGUCAUCUGCUCAGUUUAACUAUCGUAUAGAUGUGGAGUGGCUUAUUAAUCAGUACCCGGAGGAAUUCAGGGACAAACCUUUAUUAAUUGUCCUUGGAGAGACACGAGAGUCCAAGGCUGAUCUGCACCAUCAAGCAAAGGCCUAUCAAAACGUUCGCUUGUGCCAGGCGAAGCUGGAUUUUCCCUUUGGAACCCACCACACGAAAAUGAUGUUAUUGUGUUAUGAGGAAGGCCUCCGUGUCGUGAUACAUACAUCCAAUCUUAUCGAAGUUGAGUGGUGCCAGAAAACACAAGGCAUAUGGCUGAGUCCUCUGUAUCCAAAGCUACCACCCGGAACGCCGGGGUCUGUUGGUGAAUCUCGUACCAAUUUUAAGUCUGAUCUGAUCACUUACUUGAUGUCGUACAAAUCCCCAACUCUCGAUGAAUGGGUUGAAGUAAUCAAGCAACAUGAUCUUUCAGAGACAAGAGUCUAUCUUGUUGGGUCUACUCCAGGUCGAUACCAAAACUAUGAAAAAGAGAAAUGGGGCCACCUUAGACUAAGAAAGCUUUUAAAAGAUCAUGCAGUGCAAGUGCCUGAUGAAGAUUCUUGGCCUGUAAUUGGGCAGUUCUCAAGUAUUGGAUCCAUGGGAGCUGACCAGUCCAAAUGGCUGUGUUCAGAGUUUAGACAAAGUUUGACCACUCUAGGAAACAGUGCAAAGUCUCUAACAAAUCGGGAGGUUCCCAUUAAUCUGAUUUACCCCACUGUGGACAACGUGAGGCAAAGUUUGGAAGGUUAUCAAGCUGGAGAGUCUCUUUCAUAUAACAUGGAGAUUGCACAGAAACAGCUUUGGCUGCAUUCUUACUUCCACAAAUGGUCAGCUGAAACUUCAGGUCGUAGCCAUGCCAUGCCUCACAUUAAGACUUACAUGAGAGUGUCUCCUGACUUCCAAGAGAUUGCAUGGUUUUUGGUUACCAGUGCCAAUCUUUCCAAGGCUGCUUGGGGAGCAUUCGAAAAAAACGGUGCCCAGCUGAUGAUCCGAUCGUAUGAGCUAGGAGUCCUCUUCUUGCCUUCUGAACUUGGCUUGGAUACUGGCUAUUUCCAGGUGAAAGAGAACCUGCUUUCUGAUGAGCCAGCAUUAUCGUUUCCUGUACCUUUUGAUCUUCCCCCAGAGAAGCAUGAAAGUGAAGAUCGUCCGUGGAUUUGGGACAUUCCUUAUAGAGCUCCUGAUACACAUGGAAAUAUGAAGUUUUGUUAGGGAAAAGCUCCAGCUCCCUCUGAAACUGUUACUGAGCCCACUAACUAACCCUGGAGAGAGGGUGGUUUUAAUUAUGUGGAUUUGUGCACAGGUUAAAGCCGUUUCUAUAAAGAAAUAAUUUUCAAUUGCAAGUCUUUUGGGGAAAACAGUAUCAGCUACACAGCUGCCUGUUUUAUUUUAGAAAGCAAAUAUAAUGCAGAGGGGAUACAAAAGGGAAAAAGUGAUUCUAUAGGAAUUACAUAUAACAAGGUUAUCAUGCAUUGCAGAAUAAUUGGAACAGAAAGAGUAAAU